GAGAGCGAAGCGGAGCUGGCUGAAUCCAACGAGUACAAAGAGGCCAGGAACGUGUUGGACUCAGUGAAGCUUGAAGGCUGACUGCUGCUGCUGCUCACGUGCACAUUCACGUGCACAUUCUCCUAUGUCCAUUCCUGUCGUCAGCCUCUUGUGCACGUGGUCAUGUCUACUUUUUACUGUCAACUCGUCCUGUGUGGAACCACAGCACCAACCAAGUUUUUUUUUUGAUCAAGUUGUCAGAGUGAGGAGUCCUACAUGCUGUUAGUCCAACGUUUGUGUCUCUGGGCUCUAGUAGAGCAGUCAGUAAAUGC